AUGCAGCUCUCACUGCUGUUCUUUACCAGCUUCUUGGCGCCUGCCAUCGGCCUCGCAACUCCACUUGCACAGGAUGAAGCCCUUUCAAAGCGAGAGAAUCUUUGCAACCUGCCAGCACCUCCUGCUUUAUGCAAGCCGGACCCCUCUAUAACGCCGGAAGAGACUGCAAAGAGAGCUUAUGCUUUCUACCGCUCAUUUGUUGUUGAUGGAGAUCCCAGGACCAUGUUUUCUCUCAUUGAUUCCACCUACAAGCAACACCACCCAGGCUAUGCGAGUGGCCCUCAAACCAUCUGGCCCCUUUUCUGCAACGGGAACAAGCUGGGCAGCGAACAGUCGACCGAGUGGUGCUUCGUCGCAGCUACCAACAUGUCGUACGCGCGAUACUCGACCACGGACAGAUGGCGGUGGGUCGACGGCUGUGUUCAUGAACACGUUUGGGAACUUGGUAAGUGGCUCCCUGUAGGUGGGGUAUCCGGGCAUCAGCCAGCGGCCCGGAUUGUAAGAUUCCGGGUCGGGGUAUAG